CGCUUGCCAAAUGCAGCCAGAAUCACUGCCGUCGUCACCGCCGCCGAGGCCAAACCGUCGCUGUCAUGCUGCAGGAUGCCCCCCUCCCUCGCCCUCCCCUUUCCGCCUUCCACUGCUCGCGUGCCUGUUGCCCUGCGUGUCAGCCUUUCUGCUGCAGCCACGGAGCUUCAGGGGCGGCCAUCUUGAGUCGAGCUGGAGGCCGCCAUCGUCAGAUCUGAGAAGAUCGAAUGAUCCAUUAUUGCCACGGUGGAGUUGUCUAUCUCGGCUACGGCAGCAGCACAAGCAGAUGAGGUUGAGGGUACGACCGUCGUCAUCGUUGCAACAACAACGCGGCGGUGAGGACCCUCGUGUCAACGAUCCGAAGAAGUCUGAGGACGAUGAGAUCCGCGAGUUGUUCAGAGAUGAUCUGGAUGAGGAAAUCUAUGGCCCGUCCGAUGAGAGCGACCCCAACGAUGACCCGCUGCAGCGCUACCUCGAGUACGACGGCUGGAGCACGUCGGCCGGUGAUGCCGACAGGGCACGGGCGGGGGAGGCCACCAUGGCCAUGGUGGCUGAUGCAGAAGGAGAGGGAGGUUCCGACAUCCUUGACUUCAGCAGCUUGUCUGAGGAGGUGCCGCUGACGCCCUCGGCUCGCCGCCGGUUCCGCGAGCUGGCCAAGACGCUCAAGAGCGCCAAUCUGUAUGUGCUGGGUGUGCCGUGGGGGCUGAAGCACUUUGUGGGUCGGGUGCUGGCCAAGCACCUCAUGUUUGGGUUUUUUGAUCUCGAGGAGGUCAGAUAAGAUGAGCGGGGCGAGGGCGGCCAGAUGCGUCCAUGUGUGGAUGUGUGCUGAACGGUGGGUGCAGGUGGUUGCUCGCGGCAUCGAGGCUGAGUAUGCGAUGGGUCUGAACGAGUACAAGAAGAGGUACGGCCUCGACAGGUACCUCGAGCAGGAGAACAAGGCGCUCAACGACCUCCAGCGACUCUACAAACAGGUACCUCCACACAUGCAAUACAGCACACACCAUACCCAUCUCACAUGCUGGUCACUGUCUGCCUCUGUCUUUCAGGUGAUUGUCACAACCGAGGUGACCCCCACCAUCCCCCAGAACUGGCGCGAGCUCCAGACAGGCCUGGUCUUGUGGCUCGACGUCGACCCUUCCCUCUCUGCCGAGUCGAUGCGCAUCACGGCCGCCAACUGCAAUCCCAAAGACAGGGGCCAGUACCUCGCGCGGUUUGGGAUGUUCCUCAAUCACCCGCUGCUGCAGGAGAGCGACCCCGUCAAGGCCAUCGCGGCCCGACAUGACGAGGUGGAGCCUUACUGUAUGGAAGCGGAUGUGAGGGUGCGUAUCAGCAGCCCCUGGAACCCUUACGACGGGGUGGUCGACGUCGUCGAUCGGAUGCUCCACCACAUCGGUCAGUCAGUCAGGGGAGAGAAAGAAGAGAGUGACACGCGAACGCACACGCACACCGCUCACGUGUGUGUCUGUGUGCAUGCCAUGCAGAGGAGAAUCCCCCCUUGUGGAAACAGUGGAUGGAUCAGCAGGGCCUGAAGCUCUCCAGCGAAGAGGAAAGGCGGCAGGACGUCCCCCUCGAUACCGAUCUUGCCGACUUGGCCAGCCUGGCGGCAGAUGGCAAAGUCGCCCCGCCUCUCGACGAGCAUCAUCCUGAGACCGACGCAGACGCCGACACAGAGGACAAUCCGGAGCGUGUGCUGACUGACGAGGAGGAGCUGGAGCUGGAGUACAUGCUGACGCUGGCCAAGAACGAGGCCUUUGAGUUCGUGCCCCUCCCACCGCCCAGAGGGGAGCAGGAGAAGGCCACUUCAGAGGCACAGACGACCAUGGAGGUCAGUCAGCCACUUGACAGGCAACAGAGAGGAGGGAAGUGGUAAAAUCGUCUUGACACGCCACGCCAUCCUCCUUUUCUGUCUUUGUGUGUGCAGGUGAAUUUUGCAGACACGCGUCCGUUCACGGAUGCGGACAUCAUCGACGACUUCACGGAGGAGUCGGAGCUGGAGGCGCUGCUCAAGGACCAGAAGAACAAGAAGGACCUCAUCAGCAAAGGGGAGUACGACCCCACAUGGCGGAGGGGAGAGACCAUCCCGUUCGACUUCCCGCACCUGGCAGGCAGCGGCAAGUUCAUAAGGGGAAAGACCGACAAGUACAUGUGGCAGCAGACAUAUGAUCAGGUGCGCGCACAGAAUCCCAACACCCGACACACGCAGAGGACGGUCUGUCCGUCUGUCCGUCUGUCCGUCUGUCUGUCUGUCUGUCUGUCUGCAGGUGUCCAUCUAUGUGCCGAUCGACGACUCCGUCAACCACUUCAACCGCAACCUCGAUGUGGACCUGUCCGUCGUGCGGAAGAACCAGCUGCACAGCCACAUGCGUCUGGCAGUCAACAACCAGACCAUCAUCGACGACAGGGUCCGCGUAGGCGUCGAGCGGGACAGCUGGUUCUGGACUAUCGACUACGGCCCGGGGAAGGACCUGCUCAGCAACGCGCAGAAGUACGUCAGAGUCGACAUUGAGAAGAGCAGCAAGGGGCUGGAUUGGCGGGAUAUCGUUCUCACGCAACAGGAGAUCGACGCAAACCGAGCCAGGUGCGGCAAAUCCACUGUACACCCACACGUGAGCCAUUCUUUUCGUGUCUGUGUGGUGGCUGCAGGCUACCCGUGGCUGCUGGCGGCUCAAUGGAGGAUGACCAUGGUCAGGAAAGCGAGGCUGCAAUGGUUGCUGCCAAUCGCAGCGACUUGCCCGUUGCCCAAGGGCCCGUCAAGAUGACAGUCGAGCUAGACUGACAGAAUGGCGGUGUUUUGACCGAUCAAUGACUUUUCAACACACACAAGUGCAUCUGUCGCUUGAGAGAUGGCACUGAUGCGAUUGCUGCCUGGCUGGGCAGUGGCUGGGCCGCCUGAGUGACGUCGUAUAGUCUUUUAAGUCAUCCUGGCGCCCAGCUGAUCUGAUUGCUUGUGUGGGUGGGUGCGUGUGUGUGUGUACAGAACACUGCUUCUUCACCCCUGGGUCGUAUGGACGGCUGUGUGAUGGACUGAGUGAACUCCACGGCGGCAGUUUGCGGACCUCGCAGUUGGCAGCGCCAACAAGCGCGAUCCACGAGAGAGAAGGGGGGGUGGCGUUAACGUUCC